AUGUCCGACAGCCCUGCUGAAAAUCAUAACGGUGAGCAACAAGAACAACACGAGAACAAGGAGCAAGGAGAGCAGCCUCAGAGUCUGCAGUUGAAGGUUAAGAAUGCCGAGGGGAAAGAAGUGAUGUUCAAGUUAAAACGUGGAACUCCUUUACGCAAGUUGAUGGACGCCUACUGUACGAGGGAAGGACUGCCUUCUGACGGUGUGAGGUUCCUCUAUGAUGGUGAGAGAAUUAAUCGUGAUAACACUCCUCAGGAGUUGGAUAUGCAGGAUCAGGAUGAGAUUGAUGCUCUUGUGGAGCAGACAGGUGGUUGCAGUCUCUUGUAA